CUGCAAGAGCAACAAGUGCUCUUAACUACUGAGCCAUCUCCCCAGCUCUGAGUUUUAAUUGUUUUCAUGGGAAGAACAAUGCUGUACCUAGACCUUUUUGUUUUGGAGAACUAAAGUCCUAAUAAUACAUACUUAGAUGUUAAACUGACAUUGUAUUUUGGGGAUAAAUCCAGUCUGUUGUGAUGUGACCUACAUCAUAUAUACAAUAUACUUAAUAAGAAUGAAUUUACUGAUAUUGUAUGGUAUCUUCAUCUAGGUUUAUAAUUGAAAAUUGUCCUGAAAAUUUUCAUAUUCAUGAUAAAAAAAUCCUAUUAUUAUCAUCUUAUAUAAAGUUGCCCUUCCUUAUUCUUACUUUAAUUUUUAUCUGUAUAAGUAAAAAGCUGGAAUUCCACUGACAGUAGUGAGCAGAUUGCUUAGAAAUAAUUCUGUAUGAGACCUGGGUACAUGGUUGUGCUCAGACACCUUCCUUCAUUCUCCUUUGCCUGAGUGUGCCAUGGCUGAGGUCUCACUAUGUGGGCAUUUGUUUUGUUGAUAUCCCCUGUCUUUCCUCAGGUCCUGGUAUUGCUGACCUCUCCUGGAUACCUCGUUAUCCUUGCUCUCUUUGCUGAGUUCUUGGCUAGAUAUAGUUGCAUUUCUGUGGAGGCCUGGGAAGAUGCUGCCUUUGGAGAGGGCACUAGCCUCCCCCAGAAGCUCCCUACCCCACCCAGAACCACCUACUUUGCAGUCAGAAGAUAGAUCCCAACAGGAAGAGCCCAGCCAGCAGGAAGAACCCAACGAGAGGGAAGUACUCAUUAAGCAACAAGAACCAAGCCAGCAGGAGGAACCCAGGAGGCAGGAUGAACCCAUCCAGGAAGAAGAACCCAUUCAGCUGCUGGAAUCUAGUCAGAGGGAUGAGCCCAACCAGGGAGAGGAAUCCAGUGAGCAGGAUAAUCCUCCCAACCAGAGGGAAGAACUCAGUGAGCAGCAAGAAUCCAGUCAGCGGGAUGAGCUUAGUCAGGAGGAAGAACCUGGCCAGAAGGAUGUACCCAUGCAGCAGGAAGAACCUAUGCAGCAGGAUGAGCCUCACCAGUGGGAAGAACCCAUGCAGCAAGAUGAACCCAUCCAGCAAGAUGAACCCAUGCAGCAGGAGGAGCCCAUGCAGCAGGAAGAGCCCAUGCAGCAGGAAGAGCCCAUUCAGAACAAACCCAUCCAACAGGAAGAACUCAUCUACCAGGAGUCAGUUCAGCAGGAUAAGCCCACCCAACAGGAAAAACUCAUCCAGCAGGGGGAACUUCUUCAACAGGAAGAACUCAUUCAGCAGGAGGAACUCAUCCAACAGGAAGAACUUAUCCAGCAAGAGCCAAUUCAGCAGGAUAAGCCUACCCAACAGGAAGAACUGAACCAGCAGGAGGGAUCCGUUCAGCAGGAUAAGUCCAUCCAACAGAAAGAACUCAUCCACCAGGAGGAGCCCAUCCAACAGGAUGCUUCCAUCCAACAGGAAUUCAUCCACCAGGAGGAGCCCAUCCAACAGGGUGCUUCCAUCCAACAGGAACUUAUCCACCAGGAGGAGCCCAUCCAACAGGAUGUUUCCAUCCAACAGGAUGCUUCCAUCCAACAGGAACUUAACCAGCAGGAGGAGCCCAUUCAGCAGGAACUGAUCCAGCAGGAGUCUAUUCAGCAGGAGGAGCCCAUUCAGCAUGAUGCUUCCAUCCAACAGGAACUCAUCCAGCAGGAGGAACCCAUUCAGCAGGAACUGAUCCAGCAAGAGUCUAUUCAGCAGGAUAAGUCCAUCCAAAAGGAAGAAUUCAUUCAGCAGGAGGAGCCCAUUCAGCAUGAUGCUUCCAUCCAACAGGAACUCAUCCAGCUGGAGGAGCCCAUUCAGCAGGAACUGAUCCAGCAAGAGUCUAUUCAGCAGGAUAAGUCCAUCCAAAUGGAAGAAUUCAUUCAGCAAGAGAAGCCCAUCCAGCAGGUAGGGCCCAGCAAACAGGAGGAACCCAGCCAACAGGAAGAACCUAGCCAACAGGAAGAACCCAGCCAACAGGAAGAACCUAGUCAGCAGGAAGAAUCCAGCCAACAGGAAGAGCCUAGCCAAAAGGCCAGCAAACAGAAGGAAAUAGAAACCAUCACUGAGAGAUCUGCUGCUGAUCUUGAGUUUUCCCGCUUGCGCUUUCGGGAGUUUGUCUACCAGGAGGCAGCUGGGCCUCACCAGACUCUGGCCAGACUUCAUGAGCUAUGCCGCCAGUGGCUGCGGCCCGAGGCCUGCUCCAAAGAGCAGAUCCUGGAGCUGCUGGUUCUGGAGCAGUUCCUGGGCAUCUUGCCAGACAGGGUUCGUCCCUGGGUGGUAGCCCAGUAUCCUGAGAACUGCAAGAAGGCUGCCUCCCUGGUGGAGGGUCUCUCUGACAUCCUGGAGGAGCCAGGAAUGAUGUUGUGUUCUCCGGGUGGGUCAUCAUCUUCAUUCAGUGAGGGAGACUGUGAGAGGUGUCCUGAGCCCUUGCUGUUACCACGUGGGUUGUUGAGUCCCAGCAGAAACCUAAGACCUAGGGACAUCCUUGUACGCCGUGAUACUUCCCCCCUUCUUCCAGCCUGGCCUACUCUGGAAUCGGUGCAUACAGAGGGAGAAAAGAAUGAAGAAGCCAACCCUGCCACAGCUGAGACAAAGGAGCUUCUACAGUCAGAAUGGGACCACCUGGACCCCAGAGAGGAUAACCUGACGAGUUACAGCAAGCUUCUCCUGUGGGGGUGUCAGUUUUUCCAGGCUGGUCCAUCCUCCACGCUGGAGACAGAGGAACCAGAGGAACCUUGUGCGGUGGAAGAACUGCCAGGAGGCAGCCUCCCAGAUAGCACCGGGCAGCAGGAAAGCAAAGGAAAUGUGUUCGAGGAAGUCUCCAUGGGGAAGACAGUGAUGGAGAGGCUUUCGAGGGAUGUUCCUGUUAGUUCUUCAAUAGAUACUGCCCAGGAGAUGGAACAGCAACCUCAGAAGGCUCUGGAUGCUGAGGAUGAGGAUUCAAGUCCUGCCAGUCCCCAGACGCAAUCAGUCAUCCAGCAGUCAGCCCAGGACAAGGAUACCCCACAUCAAGGCACUGGGACAAAGAGGCCUCAUCCAGAUGAUGAGGAUGAAGAGGAACCUGAGUGUCCUUCCAGCUCCAGCAGCUACAAAGUGCCAUCUGAUGCCGGGAAGGUACUUCAUGUGUAUGGCCAUGAUUCUGGGCAGGAUCCAGGAACUUCUGCUGCGGGAUGUCCUGCAGCUGAUGAGUUUAAUGCAUCCCAAGGGAAGCCCUACACAUGUAGUGAAUGUGGGGAGGCCUUUGCAUGGAUCUUGAACCUUCUGGAGCAUCACAAGAGCCACAGCACUGAGACAUGCUAGGUGAGCCAGGACUGCCAGGAACCCUUCCUGUUCAGCUUGGCUGUGGUCAAGCACUACAAGAGUCACAUACAAAAAAUGAAAAGCCACACCCAGAGCCCCUGUCUGCCACAAACAAAGCUUGAGAGGAUUGACAGUUCCUAGUGUGGUGGUUUUCCCUAUACAACCUCAGGUGUAAGGAUGAGCAACUCUGCUGUGAGUAUCCUGUGGCAUGACAGUGAUCUUAAGCAUGAGUGAUCUUAAGGCUCAUGUGUGAUAGUGGCUUCCUGUGAUAUCUAUGGGCAUAUCUGUAUUUACUUUCUGGAUGCUAAUGUGCUGAAAGCAACUGGAAAUGGGCAUGACCACAAGAAGCCCUCAUCUUAGAAAUACACCUUAGGCUAUGUCCUAAGCCAUCAGCUGUGAGGAAAAACUCCUUUUCUGCAGUCUCUUAUUACCACACUCACUCUGGUCAUUUGACAUGGUACAAAGUGUUGAGUUGCCUUAAAGUAUUUGAUCUGUUAGCGCUUUCUUGAGCCCUCCUUGCCUCAGUUGCUUCUCCUUGAGCUCCCUGUUUGUUCACACAUAAUUCUUGCCAUCUGUUUGGCCUUUCUGUAAAUAUGUGAUGUCAGGUUUACUUCUGAAUCCUCAAGAACAAAAACUGUGAGUUCAAGCCACAUGUCUCUUCAUAUAUGGAGUCACUUACAGAGAUCACAAAAAAAUGCUGAUUUUGAACUCUGGGUUUCAGCCCAUUAGUGAAUUGUGAAAUCCAGUUAGUGGAUGGCCACUGGCAUUACAAAGCAAUGAAAUAGAAUAAAGUAGGUCAUAAUGCAUCAUGCAGUAAAGGCAAGUAUUGUUUUGUGAAACUUCUCAGCUGUGUUAUCUGAGACUUGGCUAUCAUGUUAAAUGUAUUUAUUGGGGGGUAAUGGUCAAAACAGGUUUAAAAAUACUAACAAAGGUUGAAGAAAUGAUCUGUAUCUGAGCUAAGAGAACCAAAUGGCCUACAUAGGUGAUCUUGUGGUUUUGCUUUAAUUUCAGAUUACAGCAUUGUUUCUGUUGCCUUACCAUAAAUUUAAUUGCCCUGCAGAUACAGAAAGGUGUCUCUUUCUGUCAAUGUUUGAAGAGGCAAUCUGUGUAACCCCAAAUCAGAGGCUUACCAUAAUAAAGUAUUUAUUUAUUCAUUCA